AUGAGCUCCUCUGAACACUUAGUGACCUUUGAGGAUGUGGCUGUGGACUUUACCCAGGAGGAGUGGACUUUGUUGGAUCAAACACAGAGAGAUCUCUACAGAGAUGUAAUGUUGGAGAACUACAAGAAUCUUGUUACUCUAGGGUCCGAAUUGUGCAAGCCCAAUCUCAUGUCUCGAUUGGAACGAGUUGAAGAGCUGAGGACAGGAGGGAGGGGAGUUCUGCAUGAACUUGAUUUGCAACUCAAAACCAAAGGCUCCCCACUGCCUCAAGAUAUUUCUGCAGAAAAAUCACCAAAUGGAAUACAAUUGGAGAGAAGUAAUACUGCAGAGAAACUCUAUGGCUCUAACCAGUGUGGAAAAGUGAACACCCGUUUUGUGAACCCAUUUUGUGAACACCCAUUUCUUCUGACUCACGUGAGAACUCACACUGGAGAGGAAACUUCUGAGGCUAGUCAGAGUGGAAAAACCGUAAGAAAUAACUUUACUUGUAGUUUUCAUAAGAAAACUCAUGUUGGGGAGAAAGCCUCUAAGUUUGUUCAACAUGAUAAAGCCAUCAACCAGUUUCCAAAUAUUACUGGGCAGAAGAAAACCCAUAAUAUACAAAAGAAAUUGUGUGAAUGCAAAGAUUGUUGGAGAACUUUUUUAAAUCAGUCAUUACUUAAGGUACAUAUGAGAUCUCACAAUAGAGAAAAACAUUAUAUAUGUAAGGAAUGUGAGAAAGCCUUCAGUAAUUCUUCACACCUUAUAGGACAUAUAAGAAUUCACAGUGGAGAGAAGCCCUAUGUCUGUAAAAAAUGUGGUAAAGCCUUCACUCAAUCCACAGGACUUAAAUUACACAUCAGGACUCACACUGGAGAAAAACCACAUAAAUGUAAAGAGUGUGGGAAAGCCUUCACCCAUCCCUCAUACCUUACAGAUCAUAUAAGAGUUCACAGUGGAAAGAAGCCCUAUGUAUGCAUAGAAUGUGGGAAAACCUUUACUCGAUCCACAGGACUUAUUUUACACAUACGAAUUCACACUGGAGAAAAACCAUAUGAAUGUAAGGAAUGUGGAAAAGCUUUUAUUCAUUCCUCAUAUCUUAUAAAACAUGUAAGGAUUCACAGUGGAGAGAAGCCAUAUUUAUGUAAGGAAUGUGGGAAAACUUUUACUCGUUCCUCAGGACUUGUUUUACACAUGCGAACACACACUGGAGAAAAACCUUAUGCGUGUAAAGAAUGUGGGAAAGCCUUUAGUAAUUCCUCAAUGCUUAAUCAACAUGUAAGGACUCACACUGGAGAGAGGCCUUAUGCAUGCAAAGAAUGUGGGAAAGCUUUCACUCAGUCAUCAGGCCUUAGUACACAUUUAAGAACUCACACUGGAGAAAAGGCCUAUCAAUGUAAGGAAUGUGGGAAAGCAUUUGCUCGUUCCACAAAUCUUAGUAUGCACAUGCGAACUCACACUGGAGAAAAGCCAUAUGAAUGUAAAGAAUGUGGGAAAGCCUUCAGAUAUUCCACAUGCCUUAAUGUUCAUGUGCGAACUCACACUGGAGAAAAACCAUAUGAAUGUAAGGAAUGUGGGAAAAACUUCACUCAAUCUUCAGCACUUGCUAAGCAUCUAAGAACUAAGGCAUGUGAAAACACCUGA